GCGGAGCGCGCGCUGCGGCCGGUGUUCGAUGGCUUUCAGCAGAGUGGAGAUAUCCUGGGAAUUAAACUACAGCUAAGUCGAUUUGAAGUCUCCAGUCCCAUUCAAACCCGGGUCUGUGUUUCAGAUGGAGACGAACACCAUGAUCCUCGCAGCACUUUACGUCCUGCUGCCGCUUUUAGAUGUGUUGUGUUAUGCUGAGGAGAACCUGCGCGCUGGAACCAUCCGGGUGGACUGUGUCAAAGCCGUGGAGCAGUGCCUGAAGGAGCAGGCGUGCAGCACCAAGUACCGCACCAUGAGGCAAUGCGUGGCCGGCGGCAAGGAGAGCAACUUCAGCAUGGUGGCCGGUCUGGAGGCCAAGGACGAGUGCCGGAGCGCCAUGGAUGCGCUCAAACACAGCCCCCUAUACAACUGCCGCUGUAAAAGAGGCAUGAAGAAGGAAAAGAACUGCCUGCGUAUUUACUGGGGGAUUUAUCAGACAUUACAAGGUAACGAUUUCUUGGAGGAUUCUCCAUACGAGCCGGUGAACAGCCGUCUAUCUGACAUCUUCCGCCUGGCUCCCAUCUUAGAGGGAGGGGAACCAUGGAGCGGCCCCGCCACUUCGGCUUCAGGCAGGGGGGGGGCCCCCCCAGGCAGGGUGACCGGGGGCAGAGAGCACGUUCUGGGCAGAGGGGGUCCCUCCUCCACCGAACUUCAAGAUCCCAGUAGAAACAGGAGAGCUCAUCCCAAUUGGGCCAUACAUGGUGAGCCUGCUGUGGCCAGAGAGAACAACUGUCUGAAUGCUGCCAAGGCCUGCAAUCUGAACGACACAUGCAAGAAGUAUCGCUCAGCUUACAUCACCCCCUGCACCAACCGAGUCUCCACCGCCGAAGUCUGCAACAAGAGAAAGUGCCACAAGGCCCUCCGGCAGUUCUUUGACAAGGUUCCUCCGAAGCACAGCUAUGGCAUGCUGUUCUGCUCGUGUCCGCCCAGCGACCAGACAGCUUGUUCCGAACGCAGGCGUCAGACCAUCGUCCCCGUCUGCUCGUACGAAGAGAAACAGAAACCCAACUGUCUGGAGCUGCAGGGUUCCUGCAAGACCAACUACAUCUGCAGGUCGCGUCUGGCUGACUUCUUUGCAAACUGUCAGCCGGAGUCUCGCUCGCUGUCGGGCUGUCUGAAGGAGAACUAUGCCGACUGCCUCCUCGCAUACUCUGGUCUAAUUGGUACGGUGAUGACCCCCAACUACCUGCGCUCGCCGAAAAUCAGCGUCUCUCCAUACUGUGACUGCAGCAGCAGUGGCAACAACAAGGACGAGUGUGACAAGUUCACUGAGUUUUUCACGGAGAACACCUGCCUCCGAAAUGCCAUUCAGGCCUUUGGAAAUGGAACCGAUGUGGGGGUGUGGCAGCCGAUGCCACCAGUACAGACCAUCACCUCCACCACAACCCCUUACCAGAGGAACCGUGACCGCAACCCCAACAGCGACAACCACAUCAACACAGACACAGGCAUCUAUCACUUCUGUGGGAGCCUACAAGCUCAGAAACUGAAGUCAAACUCAACAGUUGACGGGGUCUUUUGUGUGGACCCUCAGGUAGAUGGACCAAGUUCAUCCAACACCAUCCCAGGAAACUCGGCUGUGCCCAGAAGGCCCAUAGGACUCAGUGUGCUGCUGCUCCCGCUGGUCUGGCUGUGGUACUACAGCCUGUACGUGUCAUCACUGGACCCUUUGUAGCCUCAUUGCGUCACAGCAACAAAUAUGGACUGACAAAACACGUUUGUACAAAAGAAAAGGCAAAAGAAAACUUCUAUCCUCUCUUCUGAGUAAUACCUGUUGUACCUUUGUUUUAAUUUGGAUUCUAUUUCACUUUUGAGUCCUGUUCAGAUUUUUUUAUAUGAUUUUCGGAGGGAAGCUUUGAUGUUUUGCUGUGUGUUAAAGCAGUUAUCUACUCUACGUA